ACAUGACCUCCUCACACCUCAACUGUUUUGGGAAAUCAAAGCUAUGUCAGCAUGUGAACACUUUACCCAGAAUGCUUGGCGACCUGACCUUUGCUCCACUUGUCAACGGGCCAAGUCAGAGCACGAGGGCGUGGCGGGUUCAAGGUCGUCCUGGCGCAGGAGAAGCGAACCCAACCCGAACAACGCUAUAACCGGGGUGCGCAUUUCGGCGCUCGCGAGCAAGUUUCAAGGCAGGGAAACAAGAAGUGGGAGUAUACCGGAAGACGAGCACGAACGGGCGAGAACUCUAGAUCGUAAAUAUGUCAAGGCGAAAUCUGGUGAAAAGAAACUGAAUGUUUCUCGCUCCACUGAUUUACUUGAUGCUGCUGCAUCUUCCACUUUGUCAGUAAGUGAGAGACUGUCUUCUUCUUCAACCAGCGCAAUCACAUCCACACAAAGCAAGCCGUCGUUCAACUCGUCCAAGAACCCAGAAUCAAAUCAUGGUGUUCAUACCACUACCCCAGUAGCUACUUGUUCUGCUUCAUCUGUGUCAUCGUCCUCAAAACCUCCAACAGAUGCAUCCGCCCACAAGAGUAUCACCACCCAGCCCCUAACCACAACAAAGACUAGGACAACAGUCCUCACCAACAACCAAAAACCUUCAACGAAAUCUUCCACCCAGCGCUCCGCUAAAGACUCUCCGUCAUCCACAGCACCACCUGCCACUGGUACAACCACUAGCGCUGUUAAAGUCAGCACCGUCACCAGACAGACUCUCAGCAACGGCGCCGGAGUAUCCGCAACCUCCGCGGUUAAAUCCGCAAAACAGGAUCCCGCAUCGGUGCAAACAUCGUCAGUACUUAAAACAUCAAAACUUGUCGAACAAGGUAGAAAAAACGACAAGUCAUCGAAAUCCAAGACUAGAAGAGUCAGCAUUCCAGAUUCUGAGCCUGAGGUUAUUGGCACUGAUGGAGGUUUAGACAACCUAUUCCCUGAAGAGGAGGUUGUCCACUCGGGAGAGGAUACAGACAAUGCUUACCUGUCCUUGACGGAUGAAGAGAAACAAUUUGCACUGUUGGCUUUGGGGAACACAGUCUGGAAUUCAGAUACUAGGAAUCUUCAGGUAGAACCAGAAAAUGCUAAACGAGCAUGCAGGGAGUUUGAGGACCUAGAAAUUGACCAGCUUUUAACAAAAGAAAGGUUUAAGACUCUAGUAGACUGUGACGCUGUCAAACACCGCACAGAUUUCGGAACAUUUCCUCAGAUCAGCGGAACCAAGCAGACAAAGCUUUCUAUAGAAAGUGUGAAAUUUAAUUCCGACAGUUGCAGGAGCAUUGAAACUGUGGCAGAAGUUUCCAAAUGCAUCAGAAAGGUGGAGAAAUCGUGCGAUGUUCUUAAUAAAAAAAGAGGCACCGUCUCCUCAACGCCUGAUUCCAAUGGUCAGUCUAAAAGUUCUGGUCAUUCUAGUGUAGAAAGAUUGAAAUCCGCCGGCUCGUCCGGCACUUCAGGGAAUUCCUCAAUGACUUCUUUAAGCUCCGACAGUGAUUGGAAAGGGAAUUAUGGGUCUAGUUCAGGAAGCGGAGACUCUGGUGUAGAAAUGGGACCAGGUAUCGGAGACAAAGAACGUCCGUUGUCGUAUACGGUUGGGGAUAUCACUGACUGUCUGUACGAGACACCGGAUGAGGUUGGUACCAAGACUGGAGAUACCAGCGCCUACCCUCAUGCUAAAUCCCGCAGCUCGUCUAGUACUGAAAGAAAAACAGCGAGCAAUUCAUCAACUGCUAAACUAAAUCAGCAGAACGAUAGUAUGAUAAGCUCAAUGGGGUUUUCUUUAGAGGCAGAGGAUGUAAGGAACUUAGAGCUGCUGAAUGAUUCCACUACAAUGGAAGGACUGCAAGCAAUUGCGCUUCUUAAUGAUGUCUUAAAGGAUUACAGUGAUUUCAAUGAGUCGUCUACAGAUGACUACGAUGGUAAAAAGGAUCCUUUAAAAGGGAAAAAGUCUUCAGACUUUGAAGCAAGAAUGGCAUCAGUAGCUGCAAAUCUUGAUUUAACAAAGCAACAAAGAGCCAAACGGCAAGCACCAAGACCUCCAGUCUCCCCUCCCCCAGAACCAACCUCUGCUCAAGCAAUAUCUCCGAAAAAAGUCGCAAACCAACCGGACCCAGUUUUCAAAAUGGUGCCGGUUGGUAAAAGUAUUGUAACGAUUCCACCGCAACAAGACAUUCCAAAAUCGACCAAAACCCCACAAGGUCCAGUCGGGGUGGAGGAGUACAUAGCCGCGUCGGACAACGGCGAAUCACUAGCCAACAGGAUGAAUGGUGACGGUAAAGGUAAGAAGGGGAUCACGUCAUUCUUUCGGAAUAUUCUCAGACGUGGGAAAGAUUCUUCUGAAAGUUUUGAAUCUUUAAAUCCCGAUGUCCAGUUGAUUGCCAAACUUGAAAGGAAAGACUCCACAGGUACGCCUGUGAGCAGUAGUAGUCUGGACAUUGCGGACGAGGACGUGACCUCGUCGUCUGUUGAUAAAAAACCAGGACCAAAAUUGUCUCAGCCGUCUAAAGUUUUAGUCAUUCCGCCAUCUUCGGUCUCCCCCCAGCACAAAGGCGGCACAACGCCUGUCAGCGGUGACGGUUCUCAAACUAUUCCUAAAGAUCCGGAAACAAUCUCAACCACCGCAUCCAUAUCCUCUGCUGCUGCAUCCAACGCCACCACCCCCGUCUCCGCCAGCCCACCCACUCAAAGAAAAAAGGGCUUAGCCAGCCCUAAGAUGAUGUUAAAGAAAGCCACCGCUAAAUUCUCACCCCCUGUAUCAAGACACCAAACCAAACCUAUAGAGAAAGACCUUACUGAUUCCACCCUGCCCAAACCAUACCCCGCACCCAAACCUGCCGUACCGCCACCAUCAAAACCACCGGUCACAUCUACAUCAACACCUGCGUCUACAGCAGCACCUGUCCCUACCUCUAAAGAAACCAGCCCAUCCAACACUAAAGAGAGAGAGACAACAGCUGCUCCAAAUGUGGUCAAGCGGAGGCCAAAAAGUCCUAAAAGGACCGCUCCACCUGUGCCACCUUCAAGGACAUCUGUAGGACAAGGAAAGUCUGCCCCGGCGCCUGAUUCUAGAAACACAGAUUUAGCUCGGGAGUUAGAGUGGCGUCUUAACAAGGCCGCCACUGACCAGUCAGGUUGUGGAACCCUAACCAGGGAAUCCCGCAGGUCCAUGCCAGUGCCACCCUCCCCUCCUGGAGAACGCAAGGAGAAAACCUCCACGGGGCAGUCCCCUCCCAUCUCGCCCAUCCACGAGACAGAGAACUCCCUCCCCUCCUCCCCUUCCUCCCCCGCGGGGACCUCGUUUGAUUUUGUCAACACAGAGUGGUCCGGUGGGUCCACUUCCACCAUUGACGACGACCUCCCAAAGUUCACGGAGAAGAUUGAGCUGCCAACGGUGGCCAACCCAGGAAGGAAAGGAUUUCUGGGAAAGCUGGGAGGGAACAGGAAGAACCGAGCCCCCCAGCCGCCCUCAGUUAAACGUGCCAAAUCCAUCACGGAGUCGUCUACCUUGCCAAGGGGAGAUAAGAAAAGCAAGAAAAUUAAUGUGGCAGAUAUUUCGGGUCCUGUGUUGGUGACUGACAUCACAAACAGCAGAGUGUUGGAGAACAGGAGGAACACCAUCUCACUUGGGGACGAGCCAGCCUUUCAUACAGUAAAUAUUCCAACUGGCAAAGAAGGCCCUACAAACUCUACAGCAUCUGUAGACAAAGGGGGCUUUGAUGAGUUCGACUUCCCUGUCCUGUCCCCUUUAGGAUCCCUGGAAAACCUGUACGAAUCCAUCCUACCAAAACCAGAAGGAAACAUGUUUCAUUACUACGAUCCUCCAACCAGCCCGAAAGUGUUGUGCCCUAAUAUUCCGUCUGACGGCUACUUAGAGCCUGUUCCACCCUUGACCUUGACCUCUGUCCCAGGGAGCUUACCCGCAGCAUCUGCAGGCUUAUCCACGGCUGCUCUCAUCUCCGGUUUAACGCAGGUAGCGCCGUCUUCGUCAAACAGCUCAUCCGCGAAAUCUCCGCUAAAAACGAAAGGAGCGCCGUCAAAAUUUGUGUCUAGAGAGUCUGUCUCGUCCGGCAGCGGCCACACAACUUCAACAAGCUCAAGUGAAGCGAACUCUACAGAAAAUUCUGGAAACUCCUUGCCUGAUUCCACGCAGCUGUCUAAACUUCCAUCCCAGAAUGGUCUGGGAUCUAAUUUCGUCGAACCGGAAAUGACAGAACAAAGACGGCUGUUGCUGGCGUCGCAGCCUAUUUACGAAGAAAUUCCAAACGGGAACAAUGAAGACGAUGACUUGGAAGAAGCUGCUAAAACUGAGCUCAGGGACUCGCAGAAGAAGAAGAAAAUGUCCGGGGCUAAGGAGAGCCCGGCGCUUUCUAGGAAACCAAGUCACGUAGAAGGAUCAACACCUGGACUGUCCAGGAAACCAAGCAUGGCUGAAGGCACCACCAACUUGCAGAAGAUCAUGCUGCCCGGGCUGGCCCCCGGGGGGGAGCUGACCAAAUCUCAAAUAGCCCACGCUUGGCUUCAGCAGCCUCACACUCCUGUUCCGCAAAUUCCAAACGUUCCACCCCCUGCGUCGUCCUCAUCAUCAUCAGCGUCUUCAUCAUUAACCGCGUCCGUCGUGGGUGCGCUACCCACCUCCCCGUCACACGUCACCUCCAAGCACAACCUAGCGCCGACUUCGCUCCACCUGACGUCAAUGACCUCCUCCAUGCUGUCAGUCUCCUCCCUCAUGACGACCUCCAUGACCUCCAGCAUGCUCCCGCCCCCACCGCCCCCGCCCGACCACCUACCAGCCCCGCCCCCAACUGCCAGCCGAUCUGUAUCAAAGGAGACAGUGUCGUCUGAAUCUGACACCCAGUCCAACUGUAGCACCUUGUCCAGACCCAGGCCGGCGCCUAGGAGAAAGCCUAAGAGACCUGACACAGGUGGAUCUGACCAGUACGUCUCCAUGAACAGACCAAACGCACAGGUGUCUCUCAGCGAAGAGAAACUCCGCGACGUCUUCACCAAAGUGACCAGCAUCACGUUCCACGCCCUGCAGGAUAUCUACGCCCAGUGUGAGCGGAUCCUGUUUGUGGACCGGCUGGACAUACCCAACCCACACGUGCUCAAGUGGCCAGAUUUUGACAUCUACGGCCAGCCGCUGCAUGCCUCGGGGCGAUGCAUCGUGUACAAUGCCAAGUUUCGUGCCAACAGCUCACCCUGCCAAGUCAUGAUCCUCCACUCACGCCCCGCCACAGAGCGCUGUACCACCAGCCACCCCAGCCUCCUGCGCCCCUCUGCCGUGUUUGCUGACACCAUACCGUUCUCCUACCUGACCCCAGACUUCAUCAAGACCUCUCAGCUGUUGCAGAACUCUGUCUAUGAUUCCAGUCAAGCUCGUUGUUUUAUUGCUGUUGGUGCUUUUGAUGUGGUGGAGAGUUUAGAUUCCCACCUUGCUUUGCUACGGGAGACCCUGGCACUAGACCCCACAGCUUACCUGAACAUCAUACUGACCGCCGCCCUGCAGCUGCUGAGUGCCAUGUCCCACUGUCUUGACCAGGGAUUCUCCGUAACCGAGACAGACUACAACGACGUGUUUCUCAUCACAAGGUCGGACCUGCGUGGGAAAGUCGUCGCCUUCCUCCCCCAUCAGAGAUCCCUGGAUGUGCCUCAAGGGGAGGCUAUGUGUAAUUUCUUGGACAGGCUGUUCCUGGAUGCCAUGCCACAGAUGGAUGAGGAUGAGGAUGAUAUGGAUGAGGAUGAUGAUGAGGAGGAAGAGUACGGAGAGAAGAUAAUCUCUGCUCCAAGGAAGGUUGUGGCGAGGCUGAGGUCGAUGUUGGAGUCUAGACGAGUGGAGUGUUUAGGUCAAGUCAGAGCUUCAGUGGAGUAUCUCCUAUGGGGGCCAGCCACUUCAGAACUUCCCCUCUCCCCACACGGCACCGCCCAGAAAUCUGCCGCUGGAGCCGCCACCACGGCUGUGUCCAGCGCCAGCAGGGAGCAGGAGCUGUACGUGUGGCUGGAGAAGGAGAGGGUCUCCACCAUAGGGAGGCUGGCCCGCAACGUCUCCGGCCUGGGCGCCGGACUCACCCUGGAGGAGUUCUACACCCUCAAGUUCCUGCUCAAGUCCAGCGCCGGGUGCCUGGCUGAAAGUCUACGGAGGCUGUCAAGGUGAAGGACAGUUCAUCUAGGUCAAUGACAGUCAAUCUAGGUCAAGGACUGCUGUGAGUCAAGGCGAAGGUCAAUCUUGGUUAAGGACUGUCAAUCUAGGUGAAGAAGUUAGUAUACAGAAAUCAUCAAGGUGAAGGACAGCCAGUCUAGUUCAAGGAAAGUAAAUCUAGGACAAGGUCAGUCAAUCUAGGUGAAGGACAGUGCAUGGUGCCUGGCUCAAAGUCUACUAAGUAUACAGAGGUUAUCAAGGUGAAGGACGGUCAAUCUAGUGAAGGACUGUGGGUGCUUGGCCGAGAGUCUACGGAGGUUGUCAAGGUGAAGGUCAAUCUAGGUUAAGGACAUUAAGUCUUGGUCAAGAACAGUCAAUCUAGGUGAAGAAGUUAGCUGGCAGUCUGGCAUACAGUAUACAGAGGUUAUCAAGGUGAAGGACAGUCGACCGAGGGUAAAGUCAGUCAAUCUAGUGAAGGAAUGUGGUAGGUGCUUGGCUGAAAGUCUACUGAGGUUAUCAAGGUGAAGGACAGCCAGUCUAGUUCAAGGAAAGUAAAUCUAGGACAAGGUCAGUCAAUCUAGGUGAAGGACAGUGCACGGUGCCUGGCUCAAAGUGUGCUGAGUUAUCCAAGUGAAGGAAUGUUAGUAUAGGUGAAGGACAAUCAAUCUAUGUGAAGUAUAGUUAAUCUAGGUCAAGUCCAGUCAAUUAAGUUCAUGGGCAGUCAGUCCAGUGUUGGGUGUCUGAAUGAAAGUUUAUGAUGGUUAGUGAAUCUAACACUGAAUGUCUAGCUUAUAAAAGAAUAAAUACUUUGCACUUUUUAACCAUACA